AUGGCCCACCUGUAUUUGGAUCCAGCUCUAUCAGAGUUGCUUAACCGAGUCAGUGGUACAAAAGACUUUAUAAAGGAGCAUUUGGCCCAUGAGACACUUCAUGAUAUCAAAAUCUUGGGUGGAUAUUCUGGGAAUUUGACCAAAUGCAAACUUUCCAACUGUAUAGUUGCACCUGAUUAUCACUACGCCAUGGUAGAGUUAAGCGGCUGUUGUGUUGAUAAGUGCAUACUUGCUGGUGCAUACGUCAUUAGCAAGUCAAUAAUUCAGAACACCAUACUCUUAAAUUGUGAGGUUAAGGGUUCAGAGCUUCGUGAUUGCAUUAUCAUCCAAAGCUCUGUGCAAGUCACGAAAGUCGACAAUUGCAAGAUCAGAAGGGAAACCGAGUUGGACUUAGAACUGACCUUUCCGAGCCUUUGGGAUUGUAGUUAUUGGGACCAAGAUCUGGAUAUGUUUCCCCUCGAUAUCGCAGGCCUAAACUCACCAUAUUACUCCACACCAACCGAGCCCCUUGGGAGACCUACCUUUCGCAAAAAUUUGCGUUUUGUCAAUUGUGAAAUUACAAGAUCAGAGACGGGUGAGGCUGAAAUCUCAUCAUCAAAGGUAUCUAGUGGACUAGCUUCUAAAUGCGAGAUCCGCGAAACGAUCCUCACGCAUCUUACCGCACACAAUUGCAGCAUCGAAUACUCAGAGCUUCGAGGAAGCCGAGUAGAAGAGCCCACCAUGGUUCGCUGCCUUCUCAAGGCAUGCACGGAAGAUGGUCAAAUUAUCAAAUAUCGCGCGUCUGGUGUUUGUUUAUCAGUUAUACCACGGGAAAUCAGAACGCAAAUCUUUGGAUACGUUAUUGAUGAAGCAUGGUACUACUCCAAGAUGCCAGCUCUGGUUGUAGCCUUUCGAAAUACACCGGAAAUUUGCGAAGAAGUAUUACAUAUUCUGGAACAGAAGAACCUUUUCCAAUUACGAUUUCCAGGAUGUUUUGAUGAUUCCUACCGAAUGCCACUUAAAUUACUUCGAAGAUUAUCAUUCCUGUAUGUUGAACCCCCCUUUACAUGUGGAGAGAUUUUUAACGUUUAUUCUAGAGGCGAUAAAGAAGCAUUGUACGAAUCGGCGGAACAACGAUAUUUCCCCCCAUCCCUUCUCACGAAAUAUCGAGGCGAUUAUCCGCGUGUCCCUCAGCUUAUAGAUUUGCAUAUGUCAAUUUCAGCAAGAGAUGAAGCUCAAGUCCAGGCCGAUUUUCGUGUCAUCACGGAUUUUGCAAGAAAGCAUUCUUUAGAACGAUUCUCGAUUACUCAUGAAGAGAAGAAUGAGCAUCAUACCAUAUACCAAGCAGAAAUACCGCACAAGGCUGUACUUAGGCAGUACAUUUCGAACGAGAUUGACAAAAUCACUCGCGAGUUGGAGAUCGAACCUCGGAGAGAGAGCAUGACAAUAUACGAGCUCAAUGUCCAUAAGUUACCUGGUGAACCAAAUCUUUAUAUCCCAAAGCAUAACUGGGGUGGUUAUCAAUAUACCUGGACUUGGAUAUCGGAUAAAGGCACUGCACUAAAGUGGAAGUAUUAA